AUGGUUCUCGAGGAACUGAGUGCAAGACUUAAUGAAGUUGGGUACAAGAACUGGCUAAAAGCAGGUUAUUGCCUUCUUAAAGUUAAGGACGGGUUAUAUGGAUAUCUUGACGCCGAGAUGAGACAUUUCCAUUCGUCUGUCAUCAGGAAUAACGAUACUUUAAGGAGGGGGCGAAUGUGUACGAGUCACUGCCGACCCAAAGGAAAUCAGCUGCAGUCAGUCUGCCCAUUGUGUAAUGAAUGGAAGACGGAGAUCCUGAGGCAUCACACAAAUGCAAUGGCAGUGGUGAAUUGGGGAAACUGUAGGCCAUGGUUAUGGUCCUCUGAACACUGGGAGCUGGCAAAGGCCUACAUGCCACGAGGCCUGGCUAAUGUGACCAGAGCAGACCAAUGUGAUGCUGCAGCUCUUCUCAACCUCUUGAACUUUUGCGACCAUUUCAGUUCCAUCAAUCCACAGCUUGUUAGAGAGGUAAUUCGCUGCAGGAACGAGCUCAUGCACUCCUGUGAGAUGCGAGUAUCCACCUCAUGGAUGGAGCAGUACCAGAGGAGCGUGGAGCAGCUGCUUCUGCAGCUCCGCCACGUCCCUGAAGUAGCAGCAGCCGGUCGUCAGAUCCAGGAGAUGUUAUUAGUUGACUUGUCUGUACUUGUCCCGGGUGUGGACUGUGUGGAUGGAGACCAAAUGGAAGGGGCGGAGCACGAAUUCAUCAGCCAGUGGGAGACAGAAUUGCUCAGGGAGUUUCUACAGGAUGUCCUGAAUAAUGCAGAGGAGGGGAAGACUCUUACACCAGAGGGCAUGGAAAAACUAAAGAACAUGCAGCAGUUCCUGCAGGACCAUCAGGAUCUGAAGGAGCAGUUCAGGACUGAGCUCCAGUGCCUUUUGUCUGUAGAGGAGCGACUCCCACAGAACACCGGAGAGGAGACCAUGAGCUAACCAUUUAAAAAUGCCAAACAAAAGACUAUAUGGUGAAGGGGAUUUUUUUUCUCUUUUUUAAAAUGCACUG